AUGGCUUCUUCUCCGAUCAUUUUCUCCGUCCUUUGCCUCCUCAUCCUCUCACUCUCAUCAUCAUCCUCAUUUGCUCAAUCAUCUUUCCGACCAAAAGCCCUCCUCCUCCCAGUCACUAAAGACCAAUCUACCCUCCAAUACACAACCAUCAUCAACCAACGCACGCCUCUCGUCGCCGCCUCCGUCGUCUUCGACCUCGGUGGUCGAGAUUUCUGGGUCGACUGCGACAAAAAUUACGUCUCCACCACCUACAGCUCCCCUCGCUGCCGCUCCGCCGUGUGCUCACGCGCCGGCUCCAAUGGCUGCGGCCAAUGCUUCUCCCCUCCGAGACCUGGCUGUAACAACAACACCUGCAGCUCCAUUCCAGAUAACACCGUCACUGGAACCGCGACGUCCGGCGAAGUUGCUAUAGACGUUGUGUCGAUUCAGUCAACUGACGGGUCGAAUCCGGGUCGGGUCGUUAAAAUCCCCAAUUUGAUUUUCGAUUGCGGGUCGACGUUUCUGCUUAAAGGACUCGCUAGAGGAACCGUCGGCAUGGCUGGAAUGGGACGCCACAACGUCGGAUUGCCGUCGCAAUUCGCCGCCGCGUUUAGCUUCAGUCGGAAGUUCGCCGUCUGUCUCACUUCGGGAAGAGGCGUCGCCUUCUUCGGUAACGUAUCGUACGUUUUCCUCCCCGGUAUCCAGAUUUCAGGGCUCGCAACGACGCCGCUUCUCAUCAAUCCGGUGAGCACCGCUUCUGCGUAUACACAAGGCGAGAAAUCCUCAGAGUAUUUCAUCGGCGUGAGUGACAUCAAAAUCAUGGAGAAAUCCGUUCCGAUCAACAAAGCGCUUUUGAAGAUCGAUGGAAGUACCGGAUUCGGAGGAACUAAAAUCAGCACGGUGAAUCCGUACACCGUGAUGGAGACGUCGAUCUUUAACGCCUUCACGUCGGCUUUCGUCAGAGAAGCAGCCGCGAGGAACAUCACUCGAGUUUCGUCGGUGAAACCGUUCGGCGCGUGUUUCAGCACGCAGAACGUUGGUGUCACGCGCCUUGGAUACGCCGUGCCGGAGAUCCAGCUUGUGCUUCACAGCAAGGACGUCGUUUGGAGGAUCUUCGGAGCAAACUCGAUGGUGAGCGUCAGUGAUGACGUCAUCUGUUUGGGCUUCGUAGACGGAGGAGUCAACGCAAGAACCUCUGUGGUGGUCGGAGGAUUCCAGCUCGAAGAUAAUUUGAUCGAGUUUGAUUUGGCGAGUAACAGAUUUGGGUUUAGUUCCACGUUAUUGGGCCGUCGCACUAAUUGUGCUAACUUUAAUUUCACUUCCACUGCCUGA